UUUUCCUUUACGUUUUUCUUUUUACUUGUACUAAUUUCAGGGUACUUCCUGGUAGAAUAAUGUUUCUCUUUUAACAAACACAUCUAUAUCUGCAUUGAUUCCCUUCUUUGUGUUCUCUACCAUGGCCACGAGCGAUAAUGGUCAUCGGCCUUUCCCCGAAGAUUUAGAUAGGAAUAUUCUAGUCAGGCUGCCGGUGAAGUCCUUGUUGCGGUUCAAAUGUGUCUGCAAGAACUGGUACACUCUUAUCAAGAAUCCUAAUUUUAUUAAAGAACACUUGAAUAAUUGUAGCAAGAACAAAUCCCUCCAACUUCUGAUUUAUGAUUAUGGUGCAUCAGAUGGUUCCCCUCCCAUUACUUUGAUUUCUGAUCAUGGUGUAUUCCCUUUACAUGAAAAUCCUGAUUAUUUUCAAAGGUUUAGAGGUAUGACGAAUAUUCUUAUAGGUUCUGUUGAUGGAAUAUAUCUUUUGGAGAGAGUAAGUGAUGACAAAUAUUCGUAUGCGUUGUGGAAUCCUGCGAUCAGGGAGGUGAGGCCCCUCCCUGAACCCAAAAUACCAUUUUCCACCAGGGAAGGCUUCUUUGGGUGCGGAUUAGACCCCUCAAGUAAUGAUUAUAAGCUUGUUUACUUUAUUAAGAAUAGAUAUGCAGCGGUCUAUUCAUGUUCUAGAGACUCAUGGAGAAUCUUCGAAUUCACAUUUAGAAUUUUCCAUCCCGUUAAGAACCGUAUUGAAAUGUUUGAUCUUGGUACUGCUUAUCUGAACGGAGCUUAUUACUGGAUGAUAAAUGAGUAUACACCAGAAGGGGUUAAAUGCAGCUUUCUUUCAUUUGACUUUAGCAAUGAGGUGUUUGGAGAGAUUGAUGGGCCAGUUCAUUACUUCGUUGCUAAGAUGCCUAUAUUGUUUGAUGACUCUAUUGCCCUCUUAAACUAUUGUGAAGAUUUUGUUUAUGAUAUAUGGGUAAUGAUCCGACCAGGAGUUUGGAAUAAACGUUUUACCUUUCAAUGCUUUCCAUAUUUUAAGUCUUGGUAUUCUAGCACUGUCAUUUUUGUAACCAAAAGUUCUCGGCUAGUCUCCUAUAAUGUUAAGACUCAGAAGACAACACAUCUUGGAUUAAGUUAUCCAGGCCUGAAGAGAUUAUCAUAUGAGGAUCGUUGUGCAGUUUAUCCUUAUAAGGAGAGCUUAGUAGCAAUUAAGCGGGAAAAUGAAUGAGCUGGCCCAUUGGAACUAUCCUGAA